UCUCGUGGUCCCGGGAAGCGACGAGACGUUGAGCCGAUCGCGGUCCAUUGUGUUGUCGAGACGAGGCGAACAUUUUGGCGCCCGCAUCUGCCAGGAAGUGACAGAACUUUGUACAUCUCAGCUUCGGAAAUGACCUGUGUGCGGCUCACAACUGAAGUGAAGGCGAUGGGGCGAAAGGAAUCAAUGCUAUCGGUGUCAAGUCCAUUUCUCUUGUGGAUGGGCGUUAUGAUGGAUCUCUUCCAUUCCAGAGGCCUCGCCAGCCGAACGUGCCACAUCAAUGGCUGGGAACCUCGAGGCUUGCCACCCUGCGUGGCGAACGUGGCGACGGGCAAGUUCGCUCUCCAGUCCACGUCAGAGUCCAACGGCGGUGCUCAUCUCGCCGUGGACGGCGACAGCGCGACCUGUAGCUCCACGCUACCUCAAGAAUCGCCGUGGUUCGUGGUGGACCUGGAAGACGUGCACCCUAUCUUCGUGGUACGGCUCGAUUUUCCCACCAGCAUGACAUUGCCACCGAACAUCAUACUAACUGUGCGCGUUGGUAACCUGUCGGCGGGUAACCUGUCGGCAGGCUUCCAGAGCAGUUCCGUCUGUAAUGAAUUCCACGACACGCCCCUGCGCGACCGCUCGUUGUACCUGCCUUGUUCAACGGCCUUGACAGGCCGGCAGAUAAGCCUGCAUCUACUCGGAAAUAGGUCCCUGGCCUUGUGCGAGUUGGGAGUGUAUUCUGACCGUGCAACUCUCGUAGCGCUUCGAGACGACCCUACUCGCUUUGGGCACAGUCCCAAAAAGAAGGCAUUCUAUGAAUUGAUUGGCAUGAAGGGGUUCAUCGGCGUUUGUGUUGGGUUAGCCGUUCUGAUUGCUUCCAUUUGCUUGUGCUGCUGCUGGACACGGGGCAGGAGGUGGUGUUACAGAGAAUCAUCUAACUCUGUGCUUCUGAAAGAGUUCACCCGGGAGCCAACGUAUGACUGUUCGUUCGAGGGGCGCUCGUUAGAUGAAGUAUCUCAAGACAGCGCAGCAGGUCGAUAUAGUGAUUUUCGCCUCACCAAGCUUCAAAGAGCUCCCAUGGCGGGAACUGAGGCAGGCAAAUAGCCCAUUGACUUUUCACAUCGAGUACCAGGCUCCUCCUCAUGAUUGCGACAUUGUCUUGCCGCGUGCAAGCGUCCAUUACUUUCCUUAUUGCAUUCCGACAAGCAUUGGAGUGUGCAACAUUUUAGUCCCAAUAAACGCUUCUUCUCCUUUA